AUGGCGCCACCACAAGACGAAGAGAUGCUAGACCCCUCAUCUUCCUCCUCCUCCUCCUCCUCGGAGAACGAGUCUCAGUUUGACUCAGAAGAUGAGGUUCCUCAGAAGAAGCCAACCAUUGCGCUCUACGAUAAAGAUUCGGACGAGGAAGAGUUGGAGCGACUUGUUCUAGGUAAUAAGGCAGGCUUCCGAGCGCAAUUGUUCAAAGACGAUGGGAUUUUUGAUAGCAGCUGGGACGCGGAGGGUAAGGAACUGCAGCUUGUCGAGCAAGAUCCUGGGCUGGAGGAAAUCGACGACGCGGACCUGUUCAUGUUCGACACGGGUGCUGGAGCAGGCGCUGCAGAGGUCACAAAGGCAGCAAAGCCCACCGAUGGAAACGCUCCUGUAUGGGAGGACAGCGACGACGAUAGACUGGCCAUUUCCCUGGCUGGAGCCACUCGCUUACGAAAGCUGCGCAAGACGGAGGCCGAGGAUCUUGUGAGCGGAACUGAGUACAGCAGACGGUUGCGACAACAGUACCUCCGACUUAAUCCCCUUCCAACGUGGGCGCGCGAGGCAGAUGGGCGGCCUAGCAAGCGAAGGCGAUCAUCUGCUGCGUCUGACUCUUCAGCAGACAGCGAUUCCGACUCUGAGAUCUCUGCUCUGCCUCUUGAGAAGUUCCUUCGCGACGUCAACAGUCUAGCCGGGGCUGGAUCGACCAAGAAGAGGCGCUUGCGACCCGAAGUCAUUGACAUCCAACGCACACGAGAGAUUCCGGACAAGCACAAAGCCCCCGUCGCCAACCUUUCCUUCCACCCCGAAUUCCCGGUCCUCCUCUCCUCCAGCACCGCUUCUGUUCUCUACCUCCACCACAUCGCGCCAGCCGCUCAUCCCACACCCAAUCCUCAGUUGACUUCAGUACAAGUCAAGCAAGUUGAUGUUCGAAGGGCCGAGUUCUUGUACCCUCAGGGCGACAAGGUGUUCUUCGCCGGCCGACGAAAAUACUUCCACCACUGGGAUCUCAAAUCGGGAACGGUGCAAAAGACAACUCAGAUCCUCGGUCACAGGCUCGAGCACAAGACUAUGGAGCGAUUUAAGCUCAGCCCGUGCGGUCGAUACAUGGCUAUUGUUGCAUCUACCAGAAAGGGAGGCGGUGUCAUCAAUGUGCUGAACACGACAUCUAUGCAGUGGAUUUCGGCGGCCAGACUCGCUAGUCAGAAUGGCAUUGCAGACUUUGCUUGGUGGAGCACUGGGAACGGCAUGACUAUCCUUGGUCGAGAUGGCCAGGUUGGUGAGUACAGCAUGGAGAGUCGCUCAUUCUUGGGAAUAUGGCAUGAUGAGGGUUGUGUUGGUGGUAUUGUCCUCAGUCUUGGUGGUCAUCAGGGUCCAGCUGUCCUGGGUGAUGAUCGAUGGGUCGCUGUAGGUUCUAACAGCGGCAUCACCAACAUUUACGAUCGGAACGAGCUUGUCGUACUCAAGCUGGAGGAUGUAUCUAUUAAGGAGCGACCAACACCUAAAAGAGUCUUCGAGCAGCUUGUCACGCCCAUUACACAUAUUGCUUUCUCGCCAGAUGGACAGCUCAUGGCUUUCGGAAGCCAACAUAAGAAGGACGCUUUGCGCCUUGUGCAUCUACCGACUUGCACCGUGUACCGUAACUGGCCUACGGAACAGACACCGCUUGGAAGAAUUACUGCAGUCGCGUUUGGGAACCAGAGUGACUUGUUGGCGGUUGGUAAUGACACAGGGAAGAUUAGGCUCUGGGAGAUAAGAAGUUAG